AUGCCCUCCGAGCCCUCCGAGAGAGAGCUGCAGGCCUUCUGCUUCACCGUGCUGCAGCGGCAGCCGCCAGCGAGGCGCGUCGACCUGCUCUCCGUCGCCUCGCAGCCGUGGGCGGCGGCGCUGCGCCAGCUGCAGCGGGUGGCGGCGGCAGCCGCCCACCGCGGCAUCUUCUUCAGCGUCGACGAGGCGUCUGGCGCACGCGCGAGUGGGCUACGGAGCAAAACGCGGCCGGAGGGCAGCAGGCUCCCGCAGCUCGCGACUACAUUUGUGCACCCAUCGAUGGGUUCCGCCGGGCUGGUCGACCGCUGGCCCGACUCGGCGGGCGAGGCGGCGCAGCGCGCGGCCGAGGCGCGGCUCCUCUCCACGAUCCGGCUCAGCGACGGCGUCGUCGUCCUCACCGAGGAGUCUGUCUCCUCGGACGCGGCGCUGCGGGCGACGUGGCAGGCGCUGCUGCUCCUCUCGCACUCGCGCCUCCGCGAGCUGGCCUGCGCCCUCGGCGCCACAGGCGACGGCGCCCCGUCCGAGGGGGCCGCGGCCAGCGAGCGCCGCGGCGGGAUCCUCCGCGCCCUCGCUUUGGGUCUGCACGGCGGCGGCGCGCGGUUCCUGGCGGAGGUGUACGAGCGGCCGCUGUGGCUGGUCGCGACGCCGAGCGACAAGGCGCUCACGAGGCUCGGCCGCACACUGCUCGCGUGGCACGCAGACUCGGUGGGGGAGGCGCUCCGGGCCGUGGCCGCGGGAGCGAGCGACGAGAGCGACGAGGUGGGAAGCGCUGCGAGCGAGGCUGCAAGGAGCAUCGGCAGCGGCGAGCCGUCGCCGCCGCUGCUGCGCGCGUAUUCCGAGGGGACCGGAGGCGGCACGGGUUGCCGCGCGGCGCGCGACGGCGAGCUGGGCAGCCGUCAGCGGCUGCGGUACGCAGACGUGCUCACCACGCCGCGUCGGAGGAUGGCCGGAGCCCCGGCUGCGCGUCGGCCGCGCGCCGCUGCAUUGGACGAGAGCCCGCUGAGCGACGACGGCUGCUGCAGCUGCCGGCCGCGGGUGGCGGCGGAGAGGGCAGGGCCGUGCGACGGGGGGCGGGCCGCCCUGUCGGCGCGCGGCGAGGAGACCGAUUGCGCGGCCCAGUACGACAGCGGAGGCGGCGGCUCCGCCGUCCGGCACCGCGAGGCGCGGGAGCGGCUGCGGCACGAGACGGCGCAUGUGGCCGCCAUCGCAAAGGUGCGUUCGGCGGUCAACUUGCUCUGGCCGCGGGCGCAGGUGCGGCCCUUUGGCUCGUACGCCACCGGCCUGAUGCGGCCCGGCUCCGACAUCGACCUCGUCGUCUCGCUCCCGCAAGUGCGGACGACCAAGGCGAUGCCGGACGCGCCUGGCGCCCUCGAGGGGCGCAACGCAAUCCCCAAGGACACGUGGCACGCGUCGCUCGCGCGCUGCCUGCUCCACCAGGCGUGGGUCAUCGCCGACACCGUGCGCGUCGUCCCGGCAAAGGUGCCGAUCGUCUCGUUCGCCACGCGCUACACGGUCGGCGGCGGCGCGCCCUUGCGGCUCGACGUCUCCUUCGAGUCGGCGCUACACCUCGGCCUCUACACCAACGACUUUGUCCACGCGGCGCUGCGCGAGCACCCGCCGCUCCGGCCGCUGCUCCUCGUGCUCAAGCACUUCCUCGCGCGACGCUCCCUCGACAAGCCCUACCUCGGCGGCCUCUCCGCCUACGGCCUCCUCCUCCUCGUGCUGCGCUUUCUGCAGGCGCUCGACGCGGCGCCGCCCGAGGGGGGCGCGCUGCGCUCGCUGGGCGGCAUCUUUGCGCGCCUGCUCCACUUUUACGGCACCGUCUUUGACCCCACCGUCACCGGAGUGGCGGUCUCGUGCAACGGGCGGCUGGGCGAGCCUGCGACCCGUGGCCGCUCAGCUCGUCGAGUGGGUUAG